AUGACAUUUGCGUCUUCUACGCCCUCUACAACACAGUCCGGAAAUGGGUCCCCGUCGCCAAAGCCGUCGUCUACCUUGAGCCAAUCGCCUUUGCUAAAGCCCCAGUCAAAUAUGCAAACAUCUGCAGGCCUUAUACAUUCCGAAGGUGUGAUAACGGAAGUGGAUGUUACAUCCAUUUCCUUGGCCGAGAACCUUUGCAAGUCGGAAGAGGCCAUCCACUCCAUUGACUUUGUGUUCAAAUCAGACGGUUCGGUCAAAAACGAAUUUCUUUCAAACAAUGGGAUCGAUUUUGAAAAGCCAACAAAAAAAAAGCAAAAGCUUGAGGACUCUCUUUCCAUGGCCUCCUCGAUAACAUGUGCAUCCUCGCAAAUGUUGGAGUGCGAUGAAGCUUCCAUGGACAGUUUAUCGAUUUCGGUGAUGACUUUGAUGGGCAAUGUAUUUACAAUUAAUGAUUUAUACCCCGAUGACUCGUUGGAUGCGCUCAAAAUGAACAUUUUCGAGGUGUCCGGAAUAUUUCCAGAAAACCAGAUUUUAUUGCUGCACCACCAUCAGCUUCCAGCCUCUUCCUCUUUGGCUAUCAAAAGCUUUGGCAUUGUGAAUAAUUCUUCCCUUAAGCUUCUGCUUUCCAUGUCUGGAGGUCCUGGAAAUUUCAUGCUCGAUUCGUUCCCCGCAAACAAAUGUAGCCAGGAUAUUGUAGAGGAUGAUUUCGACUUUUCCCCCAGUCCAUUUACCAUUGAAGAGCUGUUAGAACAUGAUGGAUGCGACGAUUUUCCCUACGACUCUUCUGAAGACAUUGCGUGCGAGGCCAACUCGGAUUCUGUGGCAUCAUUGGCCGGCCAGUCUUCAACUUCGAAAACUUUUAUUUAUAGAUCCGAAAAUGGGGGCAUUUUUUUUGUCGAAAUAACAGGCACAUACACCGAUAUCAGUCUGCUGACGCUGCUGCAGUCUGAAAAUCCCGCUACCACACCAGCUCCAUUAGGCCCGGCGCCCACAUCUUGCUUCCAGCUAUUGAAUUCAUCCCAAGCAUCUUCGUCGUCAUCAUCAUCAUCAUCAUCAUCAUCAUCAUCAUCAUUGUUAUCGAUGCUAGCAGAGCCGUCCUCACAGCAGCAUGCUCCGGCUGAACUGGCUCACCAUGAGCACGCUCGACCUGCAAUGGCGAUGGAGUCAAAUUGCUUUGUUUGCAACAAGAAAGUCAGAGAAUCCCUUCAAUAUCCAUGCAAAUGUUCGUUUUUCUUUUGCCAGAGUCAUAAGCCGCCCCAUUUGCAUAAUUGCUCGUUUAACUAUUGCACGGCAAAUAGGGAAGAGCUAAGCAAGUCUAAUCCGCCCAUUGUACACUCUACGCUUAGAGAGUUCCAGUAG